AUGAUACUUGAUAUUAGUAUCAAAUGGGUCCUAAGCGCAAUUUGUAUGCUAAUUGCUACAAUAUGGCUAAUCAACAAGAUUGUCAUUGAUUCGAAAAGAGACCUGCAUCCUGUGGCGCUGCAAGAACAGUCUAACAUUGCCCCUGUUCGGAAAGAGCAUGAAACAGCCGUAUAUCGAAACUUUACAGUGCCUCCUGGAUUCCCCUUGACCACUGGAUUGGGUUUGAGCCUGGGCUAUAAGAUCAGGAAUGGUAAUUUUGGGGACAUUUGGGCGAGCAUCAUGAGUUUGUCAAAAGGUCAUAAUAAGAUUGAAUUCGAAAGUCAGUCACAUACCCUGGGUGAAAUAAACUCAAUUGCAAAGCAAAUACUGGUGCUUCUCAGAGAAAAGUCGCCACAAGGCCGGGUUGGCAUCGUAACCCCCGUGUACACAUUUUCAGGCUUUACUUUUGCAAUAGCUGGUUUGAUGGGAUCUCUGGAAGGAAUCGUACCCCACUUCCUCAUAUCGAUUCCAAGGCAAAAAAUGGAUUUGGAUGUGCUAGUCGUUGACUCUUGGAAAUCUUUCUCAAUGAUGAAUGGGAGUCAUGAAUGGUAUAAAUUAGUCAUAGUGUGUGAUGAUCAAAAAGCUAACCCAAACCAAAAAGACACAAACAACGUUCUAUGCUUAGCGGAAUUAAUUUCAAAUGCUGAGGAAGAUCUAGUUUUUGAUUAUUCACCACCAACGGACAACAGUCAUGACUCUAAAAUAAUGGCUUAUUUCUCAUCGCCUUGGAAUCAUGUUAACAGCUUCACCCAUAUGGCACUGGUUAGCAGCGUAGCUGCAUUCAUUAAAUCAUUUCCUAUUGGUACAGAACUAACAGAUGAGGAUAAUCUGAGUAUCGUUGUAGAAGAUCAUUUGAAAGGCGCCUACUCGAUACAGAUUUGGAAUAAAGUUCUCGCAGUAUUGCUACAUGGUGGUUCAGUCUUCUUCGUCCCAGCUUCUAAUUUCGAGAGAACUCUCAAUUCAAAGACAACUCUUUUAGAUGUUGACGGUAGUUCCAAGUUGAUAGACUCUUUAUCACAGACUCCAUGCUCGCUCUGGAAUAGAGUAAAGCUAUCAUGGUCACAAGCAUUAUUGAGCGAAGGUCUGUUCAGUUCUUUUGCAUGCCAAUCCCCAGUUUUCAGGAAUCUCAGAUGUAUUUAUUUGAGAGAACAAACUAGUAAUGUUCAAGAGGUUACAGCACUUAGAGAUGAUAUACCAAAACUCAAGAAAGGAAUCAAAAAAACAAUUUCGUCCGGCAAGCUCAACUAUUUGAGGGCAUUGACCGGAGCCCGUGCAGUUAAGGAGCUUUGCAGUCCCUAUGUAGUCAUGGGUCCUAUUGCUCACACGAAUUUCUUCGAUUAUCGGGUUUUUCCAAGAAGUGUAGAUGAAUCUUUUGCAUUUUACGGAUCUAUUUGUACUUCCUUGGAAGCCAAAUUAGUAGACACAGAUGAGAAUCCAGAUUUAACCGUUCAGAAAAGACAAGGCAUGCUUUGUAUACGAGGAUUCACCAUAGGGCGCCCUGUGGAGUCUGAACGACUUGAACGUGCAUUGAAAGUCAUUGAAAAGUUUGACGGCGGAGAGGGUUGGAUGCCUAUGCUUGGUGUAUUUUGCGUUUGGGGAAAUGAUGGCUGCUUGUACGAGUACAAAUAG